CGUAUACCUUCCUUCAUGAACCACGCAGUCCGCAACCAUCAGUGCCACCAACCUCGCGGCGGUGUUGAGCAGUAAAGAUCCCAGUCCUCACGAUAAUAAUUCGCACGGUGUGCCCGACUUACACGGAAACAAAACCUACCAGCUAGACGGGCUACGGGUCGAUCUGGCACCUACAAAAUGGAUUUCGUCAACGCCCCGCCGGGAUGUCGCUCUGCCGAUGAGUAUUGGUUCAGUGACGAGCAAGCCGACGACAUACUGAGGACUGUUGCCUACCACCGCAUUGAUUACGAUCGUGCGAUGUUGUCGUUUCCCCCCGUGGACGACCAGCUCCGCCUCUUAAUCAGCACAUCGUUCCGCCGGCCGUCGGCCCACGGUCUUGGUAUACUUGAUCGGUUGCCAACGGAGCUCCUGUGGGCUGUGAUCUUCCGCCUCGACAUGAGGUCCGUUUUUAGACUCCGCCAAGUGAACACCAGGGCUAGACAGACCUUGGAAGCCCUCAUCGAGUACCGAGCGGUCGCCUUUUGGGGGCUGGACGCUUUCUGCGCCUUGUUGCGCACGGGGCUCGCCGAACGUGUCUCCUUGACCCAGUUCUGGGAUGCUCUGUGCACCAAGAACUGCACCCUCUGCGGCGAAUUCGGCGGCUUCAUCUCCCUGCCGACUUGGACUCGAUGCUGCAUAUGGUGCGUCCACUGGGCGCCGGAGACCCAACUGCGAUCCCUUGCUUCUAUUCGGAGGCAGCUUCGUCUUCCCGGCCGUCUGUUAAACAGCCUACCGCAGAUCAAAACCCUGCCUGGGCUUUAUUGUGUCUCGCAGAACAAAUACGUCGCGCAAGUUCGGAUAGUCCCCAUGCUCCAGGCGACGGCGCUAUCGGCGCAACGCCCUCCGCCUCAGGGCCAAGCACGACCGCAGUGGGUCGAGCGGCAUACGGAUCGGAAAUACAACUUUAUGGGAUCCUGUGCUCUUCCAUACUAUGACAUAGAAAGGGGUCGAGCCGGUGGAGUCGAAUUUGGAGUGUCGUGCGCUGGGUGCCAGUUUACCCAUAUACACACCGAUCCGCGGGGAGGGGAUUGGCUGUGGACAUUGCUUGCCCGCGACAUGGUAUAUUCACAGGCUGGCUUUCUGGAGCACUUCAAGUGGUGUGCUAUGGCACAGUAUCUCUGGGGGAUGAGCGAGGAAGGAACUGUCGUGCCUGCCCAGCUGCCUUUCCUUGCUCGGACGGGAAGCAUCUUCAUGGUGUAG